AUGGCCACAGCUAACAUCCCCGCGAUUGCCGUGGUGGCUUCAUCACGAGCCGUCAUCUCCGGCCGUUUGACCUCUGCUACGGUGGUGAUCUCUCGGACUACGGGCAAGAUCACUGCCGUCUUCGACUCGGUGAUUCCCGCAUCGGAAUUCCCCACCGGCACACCCUAUACCGACUACUCGCCCCACGUCCUGCUGCCCGGCUUGGUCGAUGCUCACGUUCACCUGAAUGAGCCCGGCCGUACCGAAUGGGAAGGCUUUUACACCGGCACCCAGGCCGCUGCCUUCGGUGGCGUUACCACCGUGAUCGACAUGCCCCUCAAUGCCAUUCCACCCACCACCACGGUAGCAGGACUGAAAGAAAAAGUCCAGGCUGCCCAGGGCAAGUGCUGGGUAGAUGUCGGCUUCUAUGGCGGUAUCAUUCCCGGCAAUGCCCACGAACUCAAGAACCUCGUCCACGAAGGUGUCCGAGGCUUCAAAGGGUUCUUAAUUGACAGUGGCGUGGAGGAGUUCCCUGCUGUUAGCUCUGACGAUAUCCAAAAGGCUAUGGCUGAACUGGCAGAUGAGCCCACCACACUCAUGUUCCAUGCUGAGAUGGUGCCCCCGAUCACCGCCUCGGUGGGAGAUGAGAUCCAAAAGUCUGACCCCCCAGCCGCACCCACUGGCCCUCUUGAGGCGUACUCGACCUUCCUGGCGUCGAGGCCCUCGUCGUUUGAGACCUGUGCCAUCGAACGGAUCCUGUCCAUGGCCCAUUUGGCCCCCAACCUUCCCCUGCAUAUUGUCCACCUCUCCGCCAUGGAGGCCAUUCCCCUGCUGCGGGAGGCGCGUGCACAUGGAGUCAAGGUCACCGCCGAGACCUGCUUCCACUACCUGUCGCUGGCGGCCGAGGAGGUGCGUGACGGCGACACUCGUCACAAGUGCUGUCCGCCCAUCCGGUCCCAGCUGAACCAAGAUGGGUUGUGGGAGGAGCUGGAGAAACACACCGGCAACGGCGUCAUCAAGACCGUUGUAUCGGACCACUCCCCCUGCACCCCAGACCUCAAGCAGCUCCCGUCCCACGUGCCAGGCCACUGCAGCGGCGGGGAGGGUGAGGAAGAAAGCGGCAACUUCUUCUCCGCAUGGGGCGGCAUUUCUUCCGUCGGCUUAGGGUUGCCCAUCCUUUGGACCGAACUCAGCCGCCGCAAGGGCCUGACGCCUGCGCCGGACGACCAGAACACCAAGACGGCACUGCAAGACGUCGUUCGUCUCUGCUGUGCCAACACCGCCGCCCAGGUCGGCCUGCAGUCGCACAAGGGCGACUUGGUCGUGGGCUUCGAUGCCGACAUCUGCGUCUUCGACGACACCGCCGAGUGGGUCGUCGAGCCUAGCACCAUGCUCUUCCGCAACAAGUGUUCCCCCUACCAGGGCCGCACUCUGCGCGGCAUGGUCCGUGAGACCUGGCUGCGCGGUGAACGCAUCUACAACCGUGACCAGGGCUUCGCCGAUAAAAACCCCGCCGGCAAAUUGCUCCUCGAGAAACGGGUUUGA